AGGGUAUUUACUGUGAGGGGUGAGGGUGACUUUAUGGAAAAUGCUGUGAAGAUAUCAAGUUUUAUAGGUUAUUGUAAAAGAAUGAAUUUUCUUGAUGGAAAAAGUAAUAGCUGUCAACUAGACGAAGAAUGGAAAAGGUGAACAUAAUGUUGUACAUAAAAUAUGAAGAAAAAUAGUUAAAAUAUUGAACAUAAUUACUGAUCUGAUAGUAACUGAUGGUCGAUCCAAAACACAACGUAUAUCAGAAUAAGGACACCAGGUACGGCAGCAUAUAAGCAGGUACGGAAAUAAACAAAAUAAAUAAACCAUAAAAUGAACCAAAUAUACAUAAACUACAUAUAGAACAUAUUUGGUCUAUACGGGCGAUGGUGAUAUGGACACCCUAAUCAUAGUGAGAAAUAGAAGACCAACGAUGACCAUCAACCAUCUUAAUAAAUCACUGUGCUCACGUACUUUCGCCAAGGUUGACGGCAUCUUUCAAAUUCGUCUAAAAGAACAGCAUAUGAGACUGCAUUGAUGAGAGGUCUGAUUUCUGGCGAUUGCAUACUACUGCAAAAUAGGUGCGAAGAUAGAACCCACUAAUUAUAUGUAAUCAACAUUCAAAAAGUAUUUUAGAGCCAAACGUUGAUAAUAGUUUCUCAUGUUAGAUUUUUGCGUAUUAGUGUAUGAACAUUUUGAGUCAACUAUAGUUCAUACCUUCUGUGUUUCAAUGCAAACGAGGAAAGAAAUGAAAUGAUGUGUCUAUGUCGUUUGAACAAUGUUUCGUUGAACGAUUAUGCAUGAAUAAACUUGAAAAUAAAGUACAAGAACGGUCAUAUUAUAGAAUGAAUAAAACAAGAAAGCGAAUAUCAUAUGUAUAAGAAAAUGAGAAAUCAAUAUCUUUUAAGAACAAAAGUAUGAAAAAAUGAAAACAAAAUAUAGCUUAUGUUUCUGUUGUCUUCUACGUUUUGUUCUUUAAAUCAUGAAUCAAGGAAGAGUCGGCAUAAGCAUAAGCUGUUGCACCAUCUAAUUACGAUCUAAAAAUGCGACAAAUCGUAAAAUAUCUGCUUCUAAAAAUGAAGAUUAUGAAUUCACGUCAACUAUUGUAAUCAACUUGAAAGAACAAUGACUAUUGUAAGAUUAUAAAUGAAUGUCAUUCGAGAUCGCUAGUCCUUUCUUCUAAAAUAAUUUUAUAAAGUGUGCUACAUAAGAUGCAUUAUUUUUACACAUGAUAAAUUAUCAGUAAUAAAUGACUACUCCUGGACUUAUCCAAAAAGAACUACACGAUGAACUAAGUUAUGAAGAUGUAUUAUUAACUAAUGCUGAUGUAAAUAAUGCUGUCAAUACAUUACCAAUAUGUCCGGAUAGUGGAACGGUAUGGCUGUUUACAGAUGGUGGUGAUUCAAAUCGUACUAAAGAUUAUGUUUAUGAUGGAUAUAGAAUGAAUGCAUUUGGAUAA